AUGCCUCGGGGAGGUUCUUCCUGGAAGGGAUUGAAGGCGGAGCAGAAGACGUUCUACUGGGAGGAGUUCAAGAAGAAGAUUUGGUGGGACUCCAUCUAUCCCGAGCAGGCGAUUAGAGAUGUCUUUAUGAGACAUGCUGCUAAUCGUUACAAGGACACAAUUCACGCGAUGAAGAGUGUUAGGGAUAACUGUGUCACAGAUGAUAUUUGGGCGGCAUGGAAUGCGAUUUGGGAUACGGCUGCGGCGAAGAGGAAGUCCGCCAUCGCUCGGGCUAACAGGAUGAGUGAGCCGUCAGGGCCCGGGACUGGACCGGUGCGCCACACGGCAGGAUCGCGCUCAGCUGUGAAGCAUAUGACCGUUUUGAGUCAGGAGCUCGGUCGUCCUGCGACAUAUGCUGAGUUGCAUGUUCGUAUGCACUCGACAAAGGACGAUCGUAACAAGUUUGUCGACAAGAGGUCGCAGGAUAAGCAUGAGCGUUUCCUUGCAGAGCGUGCAGCUGCGACCCAGUCCUCACCGGCUGAGGGCAGUUCGUCGACCCCGCAGUCCAUCGACGAGAACGAACUGUUCUUGUCUCUCGAGACGGUGAAGAAGUAG